AUGUUAGGAAGGUUCUUUACCCGCUCUUCGGCGGCCAUGUCGGGCGGCGGAGAGUACCAGCCUCUCGCACAGAAUGAUAACGGCUACGAGACGGAAAACAACAUGGCAGGCUCUUCGGAUAGCCAAGAUGCCAGGUCUAGGAAUCAUCGCGACGCUGCUGCCAUGCUUCUCAUCAAAAUGGGUCGCUCUCCCGAUGAGCACAUCGCCAUUUCCCCAGCUGACGACGCCCGGAUCCUGCGUCGCAUCGACCUUGCGCUGCUCCCUUUGAUGCUCUCGGUGUAUUUCCUCCAGGCUUUGGACAAAGCGACACUAUCAUACGCUUCGAUAUUCGGCCUCAUAGAAGACACAAACCUCGAAGGCGACCAGUACUCAUGGCUCGGCAGCAUUGUAUUCCUCGCACAGCUGAUUAUGCAGCCUCCGCUUGCGCUUGCGCUGGUCAAGCUGCCCAUCGGAAAACUCACGAGUGCCAUGGUGUUGGGGUGGGGAACGACGUUGGUGCUCAUGACCUGGGCGAAGGAAUUCCGAACUUUGAUGGUUGCGCGCUUCUUUCUGGGGGCUUUUGAAGCUAGUAUUGGACCGAGUUUUAUUGCUAUUACGCAGAUGUGGUGGAGGAGAAGAGAACAGACGUUGAGAAUAGGAUCUUGGUAUUGUAUGAAUGGGUUAACGUGGGUGCUUGGUAGUCUCAUUACCUACGGGCUUGCAAGCAUCGAUUCAAAAAUGAAGCCUUAUCAGAUCAUCUUCCUCUUCUUUGGUGCCAUUACCAUAGGAGUCUCAUUUGUAAUGUUCUUCUGGAUGCCGGAUUCGCCCACAGAAGCCAAAUUUCUCACCGAUGAGGACAAACUCAUUGCAAUCGAGCGCCUUCGAAACAACCAGAUGGGCGUCAUGUCACGCGAAUGGAGGACCUCCCAUGUUGUCGAGACAUUGAAAGACCUCAAGACUUGGUGCUGGGUGGCUAUGAUAUUUUGCAUUUCCGUCCCUUCAAACGGCAUCUCGACGUUCGGUCCUCUUAUCAUUAAGUCCUUUGUAUCAGAUCCCUUUGAGACCAUGUUGUUUAACGUGCCCGUCGGUAUCUCACACAUCAUCGCGGUCUCGGGGAGUGCCUACAUCUCCAUGAAAUGGAAGCUCAAAGGCCCAGUCAUUGUUAUGCUGUGCAUCCCUCCUAUCAUCGGGUGCGCCAUUCUCUUGCACUUUGCGCACAGUCUCGAGAACAAAGCAUUUUGCCUAGCUGGCUAUUUCUGCUUGUGCACAUUUACCGGUAUUACGCCAUUGAUUUACUCGUGGUCAGCACAAAACACAGCCGGCGACACGAAACGCAAAUCCACGUCGGCGCUCAUCUUCAUCAGUGGUUCUGCAGGCAACAUUGUCGGUCCUCUACUAUAUACGCCCGACGAAGCACCAUCGUAUACCCGCGGUCUGCGCGCCAACCUCGCACUUUAUAUCCUCGUCAUCGGCCUCGUCGUAGUCACCUCGCUACAUCUCGCUCGCCUCAACCGACUUCACAGCCAUCGCAGGGUCGCACUUGGAAAGAGUGCCGUGCUCAUUGACCGAAGCCUCGAGACUGCUGAGGAGGUGGAGCGAAUAGAAAGCAUGGAGCGGACGUUGCGCGGAGGGGUGCUGCGGGAGGCGACGGGUGGUGAGGAUGAUAGGAUUUCUCAAGUAGCUGAAGAUUUGGAAAGAGAUAAGACGGAUCAGAAAGAGGGCGACAAGGGUUUUGAGGACAUCACGGAUUUGGAAAAUGAAGAUUUCCUAUUCGUGUUUUGA